AUGUUAAUAUGUCAGCACCAGUAUAUGAGAAGAAUAAUUGAGAAAUUUGGAAUGUCUGAAGCAAAAGUUAUCUCUCGACCAGAUACUUCAUUUGCAGUGAGCAGUGUGAGCAGAUUUUUGAACAGCCAUACUAAUGCACACUGGCAAGCAGUGAAAAGAAUUUACAGGUACUUAAUUGAAACACCAGAUUAUGGUAUAUAUUAUUCAAACAGCAGGAGCAAAAUGCAAGUGGUUGGUUUUCCAGAUGCUGAUUGCACAGGUGAUCUUACAUCACGAAAGUCAAAGUCAACAACAGCAUUUAUUUUUCUUUUGGCUGGUGAACCUGUAACCUGGACUUCUCAGAAGCAAAAGGUUGUUGCUCUAAAUACAACUGAAUCUGAAUAUGUAGCUGCUGAUACUGCUGCUAUGGACACAAUUUUGGUGAGAAAAUUACAAGGUGGUCUGGGAAUCAAUUGUAAAGAACCAACUACAUUACAAAAUGACAACCAGUGUGCAAUCAAGUUGUUAAAAAAUCCUGAAUAUCACAAACACACCAAACAUAUAAAUGUAUGCUAUCAUUUCUUAUGUAGAAAAGGGCAGUGUAAAGAGAUAGAAGUUGUUUAUGUGUGUACCAAAGAACAACUUGCUGAUUUGUUGACCAAAGCAUUAACUAAAAAAAUUGUAUAUUUGUGUUCAAAGCUCAAUGCUGUUAAUUGGUAA